AUGAAGGCCACCAAGGCCAUGAAGACGAUGAAGGCUAUGAAGGCAAUGAAGACCGCGACGGUUUCCAGGAAGCCGGCUGCAAAGGCCAAUCAGGCCACGAAGGCCAUGAAGACGAUGAAGGCGAUGAAAGCAAUGAAGGCAAGGACGACCGCUGCCUUGAGAAAGCCCGCGUGUAAGAAGGCCAUGAAGGCCAUGAGAGACUCGGACACUCAGACGAUAGUCGGCUGUGUUGGCUGGGCCAGGGGGCUGGAUGGGGAUGAAGUGGUGCCUGUGUCCCAGCUGGAUCACUUUGGCCGCGAGUAUUGCACCUUUGACAUACCGGGCGAUUGGACUGUCGCUCGAAUGGUUCGUAAGCUGCAGGAUCCAGGGUGUGGGCCGCAUCAUCUUCGUGUCGUCGGCGUUGCCGUGGCAACUGAGACGGGGGCUCGCCGUCGCGACUCUGAGGAGGGCGAUGGUAACCAGAAAGACGACGACGAGAAGAAGGACGAUCCCGAGGACGAGAGCAGCGGCGACAACACUGACACUUCAAGCAGCCACUGGAAAGACAAGACGCAGGACAACGACAGAAAGCAGGAUGACGACAAGACAACGGGCGAUGACAAGCAGAACCAGGAUGACAACAAGAAGGACGAUGACCUCUUGGUCUCCACACAUCCUGCUUCGACGGCCUGGGGCUUGGAUACCUUGAACUUGGCAUGGGCCUCGUCCUUCUUCCUCUUGCUCCCUGGCGCAGGUGUCGCAUCUGUCACCGGUGCUUUGGAGCCGAUGGUGCCCGUCCUUGAGCCGAUCCUCGAGGCCGAAGUUCAGGCUGGGGAUUGCCUGGCGGAGGACAAGGUCGGAUUCACAUCCUGGUGCUUCGGAUACUGCUGGACCCUCGGGUGUUCUGAGGCCGGUGGUGCCGUGGUUGAAGACAAGGUUGGGCCCCAAGGGUCCCAUCGGCUGAUCACGGUGAUCAUGGUGAUCGUGUGGCCGCUCGAUGCUCAGCUUGAUCCUUCCUUCUUGGGUCUGUGCUCGGCUGCCUUGACCUGUUUCUUUUCUGAGUGGUAUGGCUGCACGACUUGGGCUCAGACCUCUGUUGCGCACUUGCGGUAUCUUCUGGUGUUGCAGUUGCCUGCUAUGGACUCGUGGUCGUCGAAGACAGCGACGGCGAUCGCCAGCCCGGUGAACCGGGAGUCGGCGGAGUCACCGGGUGACUGCAAGAUCACGGCCGUGAUCCUCGCGGAGGGUCAAGCCAGAGCAUUGGUUCCCUUUCCACCGCCACAGAAGGUGGAUGCCAAGGCAUCAGGCUCAGCUUCGUCGUUGUCCAACAUGCCCGACCGUGUCAUCUCCUGGAGUCCUUUAGAUCGUGUCUUGACCCCAGAGCCAGAGGACAGAAUCAUCUGGAAGAAGCCAGUCGCAACAGACCUGGUAUUUCCUCCGGACAUGCCCCACCGCGUUGUUUCCUGGAGUCCUUUGGAUCGUGUCCUGGCCCUAGAGGGCAGAAGCAUCGGGCAGGAGCCAGUCAUGACACCAUUGCAUCCGAGCACACACACGGCGACGGACAUAUCUGGCACCAAAGCGACACCUCCUCGCAAGACCCGCUCAGUCCCUGGACAGCAGAUGCUGGUCGUACCUCUCGAGGCCCUUCAAGAAGGUUCCGAGAUUCGCGAUGCCGGGGUGCUGGCCUUGGCCACGGCCUAUCGUGACCUAGUGGUCUCUCCAGAUGCGAAGGGUAUGGCUUCAGCAAACGUCCCGGCCUUGGCUGUCCUGCCUUGUUUCGUCCGUCAUGAAACUGCCGAGAAUGGUGCCUCCGGUGUUACCACGACUGCUUUAGUCGCCGGGCCUGCUGAUGCUGCGAUCUCGGACGUCGCAAUGGAUCCAGAAGCCACGUCAACCAAGUCGGAAGCAAAGGCCUUCACAGACCUCGGUGCUUCCAGGGCUGGAGAGGUUCCUGCUUGUGUGCUGCGGCAUGCGGGCAACAGCAUCUUCAACUUGGCCGGGUUGCCUCAUGAUCACUUCGGUCGCGAGGGUCAUGCCGAUCGGCUACCUUGGGAGCAGCAAGACCCGUACUGGGCGGUGUCCGUGGCUGAGAUCAGUGCGAUUGUAUCUUCUGGUGGCCUCGCUGCUUUCCGUCUCCUGACGAUGGCCGAGCAGAGCGAUGCGGACACCAUGGGUGCUCUAUUGUCGACUGAGUUCCAGGACCUGGUGGAGUGGAUAUGGAGGCAGCGCUGGAUGCUUCUAGAGGAGUUCCUUCGCGGCUGGAUAGCGCAAGAGCGUGACGCCUUGGUUUGGACGCUGCUGAAGCAAGCAACACUGUGGGCUGGGCAGUACAACAGCCUAGCGGACCCGGAGAUGCAGAAGAUUUUGGGAGACAGCUGGAACGCAGCUGACAAGUAUUGUGUGCCCACAGAGGUGAAGUUUCAGCUGCUUGAAGGAUUGUUCCGGGACAACGAUUUUUUCGCUCCUAUGAAAGCCUUGUUCCAGGACUGCGAGCUUAGAGAGCUUUGUAUGGCGAAGCCGCUUAGCACGGCCUUGAAGGUCCUGGAGACUUUCCGUAGCAAGCCUCCUGCAGAAGGUCUUUUCGCCUUCAUCUUGGUGAGCAUGGACAAAGCUUCAACUGUGCUGGCCAGCUCGGACACGACGGUUCCUUGCCUGCACUACGACUCCCACGUUUGCACCCUGCUGGACCUUGACAAGUCAGCAAGUUUCCUGUUCACCUCAACGUCCAUGCUGCUGCAACGCCUCACAAGCACGCAUGGCGAUCUCUACAAGGCGGAUGCCCCGACACACCUCUGGGUUUUCAGUCUGGCUACGCCAAAGGCCCAUGCCGCACCGUACUUAGAGGACAUCCUUCGCUUCAGAACUGCUUCUGCCGAGUCGGCCACUGGCACUUCUGCAGGGAUCAAGCUGGAGGCCGCUCCAUCCUUGGUGGUAGGACAGAAGAUUUUCCGGGCGAGGAUGGGCAGUGGUGUCAUCAAAGUAGAGGCCGAGCCGGGUGACGCCAACCCGACUGGUGAGAUGCCGGUCGUGCCAAGUGAGGCCAGCAAGACGUCUGGCCAUGCAAUCAGCUCCGGUCCUGCAUUGCCGGCCGUGCCCAGGGAAACCAAGAAGACGUCUUCAGUGAAGCGAGAACAUCCGGAGCCUGCUGCUCCACCUGUGCUUGUGUAUGAUGACGACGAUGAUGGGGGUGCCAAGCCUGGCAAGCCAGCUUCGAAGCUUAGCAGAAAGCAGCGCCGGGAUCUUCAGGCGGUGGAGGCGGCGGGCAAAAAAACAGCAGCCAGCCGGGGAAUAACGUACCAUGAGCGCUUUGCUCCGGCGCACCAGUACAUGGUGCCCCCAAAGCACUGGGGCCAGUUCCUGCAAGACAUCUACAACGAUGCGAACAGUGACUGCGAGCGGUGUCAGAGGCUGCUUCUGGAGUUGCGAAAGAACGGGGCUGAGGAUGGAGACAGUGCUUUGGUGUCCGUCGAGCCCCAGCAGACUGACAAUGAGCGGGCAUUCCAGCAGCGUCUCAGGGAACUGAAGAUCGAGGAGAACGUCGAUCAAGUGAAGAAAGGCCGGCGAGCGAAGGGUCAGGAGCGGGCGCUGCAUGAGGACUUGUUCGAGUGGCUGGCCCAGCGACGUCCGAACCAGUACGUCAACCUCCAGACCCAGAAGCUGCAGCUGCGUUGCAACAGAUGCGGGGAGAUCUUUUCUGCUGUUCGGGACUCAACCAUACUGUUCGUGCUACAGCACGAAGCUCGGCCGAGCCAUGUCAACUCGCUGGCACAGGCGCAGCCGCGACUCUGUCUCGGUGUCGACCUCAACUCCAGCGAGCACCAGACACGAGCACAUGGGAUGGUGGAUGCCUUCAAACUGUGGGCUACCUAUGACUGCCCCUGGUACCACACGAGCUUCAAGUGUCAAGUCAAUCUGCGUGACGACGGCAAGGUGAUGGUGCAGUCUCUGAAGUGCUUCGAGGCGGACGAGGUCCGCAUGUGCCCUCCAACCCGGCCGUUCUGCAGGUCCUGCUUUGGCCUCUGCAGCACGGAAGACUUUUGCCGCAAAGUCUCCACAUGGGCCUUCAGAAUCGUCCUGGCGAAACUGGUCCAGGCCAGGUUUCUCGAGUGUGAUGCCUUGUGGCAGGAGGCCAUUGAUAUCCUGUCGUCUUCGAAGUGGGAGGCACCUGUGGACGCUGAGUGGCUGCAGAGUCAAAGCUACGAUACCUUGUACAGCAAGCUGCAGGAGCUGCUAGGCUCCAUUCCCAUCGUGUUGCAGAACCCGGCAUGCCGAAAGUUUGUGGCGACGCACUUCAGUUGGCUGCCACGUCGGCAGGAGCCCAAGGCAGGUCCCGCGAAGCAGAAGCUUCUCAGUUACGUCGACAAGCUCGUCGAGGCAAAGGGCAUUUCGGCUGCUGAUCAAGAUCUCUCUCAGCAGAUCUUGUCGGGUGCCCUUGAGGGGAACGAUGUGGCUCGGACGAUGGUGACAGGGAUUCUCAACAAAGCACAGAAUCUCCGGGCCGGCCGGAAGCGUGUCAAUGCAUCCAGCCUGCCAACUGUUGACGAAAGCCGCAUCGCCGAGCUUGGUUCUGCCUUGAGCUCAUGCAGCGGGAUGGCCAGCAUGUUGGACCUGUUCGUCUACAAUGCCCCAAAGCUCCCGGCCUCAUCCAUCUGGCGUCCUGACCUCCCGUGCUUCUUCUGUCCAGGAGUGGAUGACUUGAAGCAGAACGCCCAGGUGAUCCUCGACAUCAUCGGCAGCGACAACCGCGACUACAUGGUCUGCUGGGAUGAUACAACCUUUUGGCCACAAUGGUCUAUCCAAGGAUUCCAAGAUGGCCUCUACUUCAUCGGAGGCGCGGGGAGCAAUGCCAAGCUCCGGGUCAGUGAUCAUGCCCCCGGCACAUUGAAGAAGACCGACCUGGCCCAGCAGUGUGUGACGUUCCUCCUGAAGAAGGCCAGCACGAGGAAAUUCGGGUUCGAUAUGGCGAUGAUGCCAAAACGCCUCAGCGAGGUCACACUCGACACGGUCUUCGAGCAUGUCGGAUCCGUGCUGAAAGCUGUGUGCAGUGCCGCACCAGCCCCGCCUUGCUGCGUGGCCUACGACAACCAUGCUUCGCAUGGGCUGAUGAACACCUUCUUCCUUGGCUUGAUGCCCAAAGAGCGGUAUCAGAACACUGCCUUCUUCAAGGAGUGUGUCCCUGUCGUCAGGUCCUUGGCCCUCCCAUGCUACCGCUUCGCCAGCAUGGCCUACAAAGGCAAGUUUUGUGUCUUCGGGCACAACGAUGCGGCUCACACACAGAAGUGCUUGACGAGAGCCCUGCGAGUGAAGACCCGAGUCGUGGAGGUCGGCAAGAUGAAGGUGUGGCCACAGCUGAUGUUGACCCGAGGUUUGCCAGCUUCGGCGUGGCGGGGCACGGACAAUCAGUCCGACACGCAGUCGAGCUGGCUGCUGAAUCCGCAGUGCGUGGAUGUGAACCAAUGGGACUGCAUCGGCCUCGUCGCAUUCAUGUUUCUCAUCGGACACUGGUGCGGCAUUUGGCUCGCCUCGCACAGUUUCGCGCAGGCCGCUGACAUUUUUCAGUGCGCACUGUGCGGAUACUAUCUGUUGCUGUUCGACCUCAUGGAGACACAAGGCUCGAGUGCUCGCUAUUUUCACUCGAUCACAGUGGGGAACCUCCUGGCUAUAUGUGGGCACAUGGUGGAGCGAAUGGCCAACUGGCCGGAUGGCUGCCCCUUCCGGCCAAGCGCCACCAUGGAAGAUGCCAACGAGCAUCACUUCGGCGAGGUGAAGAACAACAUUGCCCAUCGCUUGCCUACCAUCCGAGCUGCGUUGCAUACCACUCAGAUGCUGCACAUGCGUCGCAAGAAAAACAUGGCUGGGUUUACAGUCGACAAGAAAAAGCUGCUUCCCUGGAAAGCACUGUCGGAUGACGAGGCCGGCCAAGCCGGGAAGCGAGCCUGGGCCACUGUGUGCACGUACAAAGCCUUGACGAGUGUUGGCAAAAGUGCUGCUGACAUGGGGGCUUCCUUGCAGAACUGGUGGAAUGUCGUGGGCAAGCAGCUGGUUGCAGAUCGGCUGCGAGCCUAUGGCAGCGACGAGGAGCUGCUGGAUGAGGAGGAGGCCCACUCGGAUGUCGAAGACGGUGCGGUGGACCCUACAAACCCUGAGCUCGACCAGAAUGUGGAAGUCGCCCAGACCCUUGCUUGCUUGCAGGCCGAGUCCGAAGUCAUUGCAGAGAUCCGCGACAUGGAGAAAACCGCGGCCGAUGCCAAGGAUCCCCCUCCGACAUCUGGUGACCUCGUCGCAAAGGCAUCGGACAGCACAGAUGCAAAGGAUCCCCCUCCGACAUCUGGUGACGUGGCAAAGGCAUCGGACAGCACAGAUGCAAAGAAUCCCGCUCCGACAUCUAGUGACGUGGCAAAGGCAUCGGACAGCACAGAUGCAAAGGAUCCCGCUCCGACAUCUGGCGACACCCGUGCUAUGGCUGCGAAAGACCCUGACACAGUGGACGACAAGCAGCCGCCGAUGACACUGGAGGCCAUUCUGCAGAAGCAUGGCAUGGACAAGUACGAGCCCAUUGCUGGCGACACCGAGCAUGCAAUGCUCAGCCGUCUGCACAAACUUGCCCCCGACAUGCUCAGGUUCGUGACACAGAUGCGGCUGGGGGAAGCCUUCUUACGCCCUGGCCAGGUGCAGCAGCCAAAGAAACCCCUGUCGCAGUGGAACCAGUUGCAGAAGGACCUUUCCGAAGCCCAACGUUCCUUUGGACUCCAAGGCGCCAAGCAAGGCCGAGCAGCCAGCUGGUGGGGUUUUGCGGGAUUGGUGGCCAGUCGGGCCCAACAUGCAGCAGCUGAAGUGGAGGGAUGCAAGAUGACCGACGCCAUCAUCCGAGCUCCAAGCUUCUUCCGACCCUCCAAUGUGCUGGAUGCUGGUAUGAGCCGGGACUACCAGCUUGUUGUCGUCCGCUUGCAUCCGCUGGGCGACAACAAGAUGGCGAUCGUCAGCAGGGUCUUCCGAGGAAGCCGUGGCUCCAAGCGGAGCGGCCACAAACCUCACGAGGAGGCGCUGCCGUCACAAGAGUGCGUCGGUCUGCAGCUGGUGUUGCCACAGCCUGUGGAAGGUGAGCAGCACGUCUUUCGAGCCACCUGCUGCAGCCCCGUGCUGUGCAUGGACCCGCACGAGGACCGUGAAGACCUCCCUCGGCUGCUGAUGGAGGUGGCGCCCGGCUGGUUCAAGGUUCGCUGCACCGCCACGACCCUGCUGCUGGAGGUGGACACAUCGGCGGCCCUGGGCGUCCAAGCUGUGAAGGACUUGGCCCCGGAGGACACACCUGGCUUCAGCAUUACCUCGUUUCCUCAUUCCGAGGCGGGCUUCAAGAGCAUCCGAGGCUACAUGGAGAUCAUGCGCAAGAUGUAUGCGAGCACUGCCGGCAGACCGCUGUGCACCCAGGACGGCUGUGUGCGACUGUGGCCCAGCUGGGAGUCCCUGCUGCAGCGAGCACCGGGGUACUUUGCUACGACUUUGAAGCACGGCGAGAUCGACAGCAGCAAAGGCAUCAGCUCGAAGGAGUUCUCGCGAAAGGUUUGCAUGCGCUUCCGUGCGAUUGCUCCCACGUGUGUGACUGGAACGGAGCCGUUCCUGAACUUCUUGGCACACGUGGACAAGGUUGUGCCUGAGCUGCCGGUGGAGUGA